AAAAAAACUAAUAAAUAAUGAUCUAACUAAAAUCAAACAUAAAACAAACAGUUGAAAUUUCAACCGUCAGAUCUUAAUCUAACUCCUUGAACCAACGGUUAUCCUUCUCUCUCUCUCUCUUUCUUUCUUUCUUUCACAAUUGGCACAACCCAAGAGAGAGAAAAAGAAGAGAGAGAAAGAAGAAGAAGAAGAGGAGGAGGAGAGAGAAAGGACCAAGAAAAGAACCUCCUUUUUUCAUUGUGGGAGAAGAGGGAGUUGGUUCGGUUCCUGGGAAUCUGAUCAAACCAUCUUCUCCUUCCUUCAUUUUCUUGUUCUUCAGUUAGUAAAGGAAAGAUAUAGAAGGCAAUUUUCCCACAAAAACCCAGAAAGAAAAAUCUGAUUUUUCUGAUUUGGGUUUUGGUUUUUGAUUAGGAGUUUUAAUUUUUUUAGAUAAAGUUUUGAUUUUGGGUGGUGGGUGGUUUUUGGUUUUGGUUUUGGUUUUGGGUUUUGGUUUGGUUUGAGUUCUUUUGGAAAUGAUGGACAUGGAUAGCAUUGAAUGUGUAUCAUCUUCAGAUGGUCUUGAUGAGGAUGAGAUCCAUCCACACCAUACUACCCUGCACCCUCAUCCUCAUCCCCAUACCCAUCCUCAUCAACAUCAUCCUGAGUUUUCUUCCUCAAAAUCCCGUAACAAUGGCACUAACAAUUCCUCUAUUACUGGUCCAAACGCCAUUGCACCAGCCACCAGCGUCCACGAGUUGCUAGAGUGCCCGGUCUGUACCAAUUCAAUGUACCCACCAAUUCAUCAGUGCCACAACGGACAUACAUUGUGUUCUACCUGUAAAACAAGGGUGCAUAACCGAUGUCCUACAUGUAGACAAGAACUUGGAGAUAUUAGGUGUUUAGCCCUCGAGAAAGUGGCCGAGUCACUUGAAUUGCCCUGCAAAUAUUAUAACCUUGGAUGCCCCGAAAUAUUUCCCUACUACAGCAAACUUAAACAUGAGUCUGUGUGCAAUUUCAGACCGUAUAAUUGCCCUUAUGCUGGCUCAGAGUGUGCCAAUGUUGGGGAUAUUCCUUUCCUAGUUGCCCAUCUGAGAGAUGAUCACAAAGUUGACAUGCAUACAGGUUGCACAUUCAACCAUCGGUAUGUCAAGUCAAAUCCCCGAGAAGUAGAGAAUGCCACUUGGAUGCUCACAGUUUUCAACUGUUUCGGACAAUACUUUUGCCUUCAUUUUGAAGCCUUCCAGCUUGGAAUGGCCCCUGUGUACAUGGCAUUUCUACGGUUCAUGGGUGACGAGAAUGAAGCUCGAAACUACAGCUAUAGCCUAGAGGUUGGAGCAAAUGGCAGGAAACUUAUAUGGGAGGGUACCCCACGAAGUAUUCGUGAUAGCCACCGGAAGGUGAGAGAUAGCCAUGACGGUCUAAUUAUCCAGCGAAAUAUGGCUCUUUUCUUUUCAGGCGGCGAUAGGAAGGAGCUUAAGUUAAGAGUUACUGGCAGAAUAUGGAAGGAACAACAGAAUCCAGAUGGAGUGUGCAUACCAAACUUGUGUAGCUGAGAUGAUAUGAUUUUUGAAGGCAUUUUUACAGUUUGUGUGAUAAGGACACUGCUGUGUGUGUUCUAUACCUCUGUUCCUAGUUUUUUUCUGGAUUGUAGCAAAAGAACCAAACUGUUGAGGCUUGGAAGUCUAAUGAUUAUUAAUAAAUUGUAUAAUAAGCAGGCUUUCUUUCUUCAA